AGUACUCAUUGGUUCACACGACGGAAGCUGUCAGAGAUUCCUCUGAUAUCCUUAACUUUUGGAUUCGCAUUUUUUUGUUUUCAUCUUGGGGUUUUAUUUAGAGAAAAAAUAAAAAUAAAAGAACACCAUGGAAGCUAAAUUAAAGAAAGAGCUCGGGACAACCAUGCUGAAAUCAACUGGUCACGCAGGCGGUGGAUGCAUCAGUGAGGGACAGAGUUACGACACUGAUCAUGGGAGAGUGUUUGUAAAGAUCAAUCACAAAAGCGAGGCCAAGUUGAUGUUUGAUGGAGAGAUGGCGAGCCUGGAGGCCAUUUUAAAGACAGAAACUGUCAAAGUCCCAAAGCCAAUGAAGGUGAUUGAGCUUGACACAGGGGGCUGCGUAUUUGUGAUGGAGCAUCUGGACAUGAAAAGUCUUAACAAGUACUCAAAACAGCUAGGAGAGCAGCUGGCGGAUCUGCAUGUUCACAACAAAAGACAGACGGAAAAGCAAAAGAAAGAGCAGCAAACAGUGGGUAAAGGAGCCAGACAGACGGAGACAGCUCCUGUUGAGAAAUAUGGCUUUGGUGUAAAUACAUGCUGUGGAUAUAUAGCACAGGAAAAUGAGUGGCAGAGCGACUGGGUGCUGUUUUACUCCCAGCAGAAGCUGCAGCACCAACUGAACUUGGUGGAGAAAUCAUAUGGAGAUCGGGAGGCAAGAGAGCUGUGGGCAAAACUACAGCUGAAGAUCCCUGAGUUUUUCACCAAUGUGGAGAUUGUCCCUGCCCUCCUCCAUGGAGACUUAUGGGGAGGCAACACGGCAGAGUGUGCAGAUGGCCCAGUCAUCUUUGACCCAGCUUCCUUCUAUGGCCAUUCAGAGUUUGAGCUGGCUAUUGCUGGGAUGUUUGGUGGCUUCAAUAGCUCUUUUUACUCUGCUUACCAUGAUAAGAUUCCUCAAGCACCAGGCUUCGCGCAAAGAAGCCAGCUUUACCAACUCUUCCAUUACCUGAAUCACUGGAACCACUUUGGAGGGGGCUACAGAGGCUCUUCAAUAAGGAUCAUGAAGAAUUUGCUCAAAUAAAAACUCUCACAGAUACUUAGAAAGAAGCUUUAAAGUCAUAAUCCUAAACCAGGUAAUAUAUAGUUUGUUUAUUAGAAAAACAUAUGGCAAAGAGAUAAAGAUACAAAAGAAUCUCAUCACAGAAUUGAUAAAAUGUCUAUUUGCCCAUUAGAAUUUCUGUGAUAUUGUGUUGAAAAUGGAAAAAACACAUUAGCAUUACUAAAAAAAUUGUAAUGCAAUAGCUCUUCUUACAUCAGUGUGAUUCCAAGAUUUGAAACUGCAGCCAAAUCAGUGAAGGGUAUGUUUCUUUAAAGGUAUUGAACCUAAAAAAAAGAAAUGCUAAAUAAAAAGAAAAUAAGGUCAUACUGCACAAAAGGUUUUGUACAAGACUCUUUUGACAUUUUAGGAACUUGUGUAGCCUACCUACCCAUCACUAAUUAAACCUAUGGACAGUUUAUGACUAACUUUAAUCUUGACCUUAUCUCAGUCUUCCUUUCAGCUGUUUAUAUAAUCAGAAUUUCCCCAAACCUGCUCAUCUGGGGGUAAAUACUCAGGUGUGAGUUGACCUAAUGACCAACUCGGAUUUGGUUUAGCAAAAGAAUAAUUGCAAAUUAUUAAUCUGCACUUUACAUAACUUUUAUUUUUUUUACUCUGGUGUGUUUCCUCUCCUUUAGAUCUUCAAUUGAAUGUACCCAAAGUAAAUUGCAGUAGUAUGCAAAAUGUGUUAGAUCAUAUGCAGUCUUGCGAAAUGACCCUGAUUUGCAUUGGUUGUCAAACUGUUUGAUGUUAAACCAACAAUAAAUUAUGCAGCGAUUCCAA